CGUACGCUGGUAUGCUGUGUUGCUCCGCUCUACGCUGAUUCGAAGCUCCUGAAAACAGCGUCAGCGAGAAGUAGUUCGAUUAGCCUCGGUAUUCGUAUUUAGCAGGGCGAAGGAGUGAGUUUCUCUCACGUUAUUCCCACGCGUUUGACGUGUCCCACACGAUCGUGCCUUCGAUCCGUCGUAGACGUGAGUGUGAACGGGACGAACGCGUCGAGUCUGCUGUUCCUAACCUCUCCGUCGGCCAGACGAUAUCGUAUACUGGGCGUUCUGUUUACCAAAAAGCUUUGUUACCCAAGAAGAAAGGAAGUUCUUUUUUUCCCCCCCCAGUGUAGUCUAUUGGCGAUUUUAUCUAUCGUCAUUAACUGAGUCACCAUGACAGGUGGAAACACCGCCGAAAAGUCGGCUAAUAAUCCUCUGGAGCAGUUCGUGCUGCUUGCGAAAACGGCGAAAGGCGCCGCCGCGAUAGAGCUCAUAAGGCAGGCCGUCGAGACGCCCGGCGUUCAUGUCUUCGGCGAGUUGCUGGACAUGCCGAACAUCAAAGAACUAGAAAACGGACCGUACGUCCAGUACUGGAAUACCCUGAAUCUAUUCGCGUACGGCACCUACAAAGAUUACCUGGAGAACAAGGAGAAAGUACUAGAUUUAACUCCCACGCAGAAAAAGAAGCUCCAGCAUCUCACAAUCGUCACUCUGGCUACGAAAAACAAAUGUAUACCCUACUCGGUGCUACUGGAGGAGCUGGACAUAAAGAACGUCAGAGAUCUGGAGGACUUGAUUAUCGAAGCGAUAUACGCCGACAUAAUCCACGGAAAGUUGGAUCAGAAGAAUUCACAGUUAGAGGUGGAUUACGCCGGUCUAGGACGAGACGUUCGGCCAGGCGAUACCGGUGUGGUAGCCGAAACGUUAGCCGCCUGGGGCGAGGCGUGCGACACGGUUCUGUCGUGUAUCGAGCAGCAAAUAUCUAGAGCUAAUGUCGAGAAACAAAAGGCUACUUAUCACAAAGAAAGAAUACAAAGAGAUAUUACCAAUAUAAAGAAAUCCCUUGCGGCUCAAGCUGGAGGUGGAGGCAUUCAAGAGGCUGAUAUGGCUGGUGGUAGUUCUGGUGCGGGAGGAAGCGAAGCGGGUAGAGAAGCCAUGCCGGUACUGACAGAAAAGAAGAAGUUACAGAAAGUCAAAUGUAUCAAAGUCAGUGAUUAUGAAAUGAAUGAUGAAUGAAAAGAUUAUGAGUGAGAAGGGUAACAUUGAAACGAAUUUAUUAAUUAUUAAAAUAUAAUCCAAAUGCCGAAUCGAGAAUCCUUUAUGUAAUCUGAAAUAUUGAGUUUGUAGAGACUUUUAAAAGCAAAGUAGGGAAAUUUUAUACAACGUGUUCUAAGUAUAUAGCAUCGAAUUGUAUACAAAUAUGUACUUGAUUUAGUGAUAUUUAUGGACUCAAUGUUAUAAUAACGAAUAAAAUCAAGAGUACUUUUUCCUAUUAAAAUACAUUUGUAAGAUUGAUUUAUUGACACACAUAAGAAAGCCUUUCAGAAAAACCGACAUUUGAAUAUAAAUUUCCACUUUAAUAACUGCAAAUAUAUACAUAGCCGAAAAUGUAGAAAAGGCGAUAGAUUCAUACUUCUACUGUGAUCAUUUUAAACAUCACAACUAGUAUUUGUUGUAUAAGCCAUUUCAGUACUGUUGUUAGCAUAAAAUUUAGCGUUUAUUCACGGAAAUUGAUUGUUUAUUUAUUUACAUUGAACACAAAGUAAUAAUAUGUACGAGGUAUACGUAACGAGAUAUAUGUGAUGAUUGUCUUUACAUCGAGCAUUUGAAAAAAAAAAAAAAAAAAAAAAAACAAUGAAUCUUUUCUUUGUGACAAAGAUAAUUUUGUAGGUAAGCUUGAAUAUUCUUGUAAUAUACCUGUUUAUUUUUUUUAGACCAAAGACAUCAUGUUUUGUGUUUGUAGGGCGUGAAGAAUUUAAUUAGGAUUUGACGAUUCUCUAGAUGAAUUUGAUAAAUAGUGCAACGUGUAUUGCAUAUUUAUCAAUGCAUACGUGCCUACCCAUUGCCAGUUAUCACAUAAAAAACGGUAUGCCCAUUGUGACGAGUUGGCUUACGUGUACUUCCAACACUAGUACCAUUCGUACUGUUUGCGUUCAGGCUUUACAGAUUCUCGUUUCGUAAGGAUUUGUAGUCGCUAAACGAUUUACUGACGGAACAAUGCGUAACUAGUCGGAGAGGUCGUUUUUGAAGAAAACUUGUAUAUUCAAAAAAAUUGUAAAGGUAUGCCACUGAUGUAGUUUAGCAAAGAAAAAUGUCAGUCGUCCGUUAAAGCGUUGUAAUUGCUAUUCGAAUAAAAAGAUAAUAUAUUUUA